AGACGGCAAGGUGUCCUUCACGGUUGCCGGUGGCGUGGUUUUCUCCUGUGCGGGGAGAGAGUCGUAUGGAAGGAAAAGGGUGGUUUUAGAUACAAGAAGCGGUUUCUCGACGGCCGUUUCCAGUUUUCUGGUCUGCAGACUGUCCUGCAUAAGCUGCUUUUGCUAGAAAUUCGACACCAGUGUAAAAUGUUGACAUCAGUUUGACAGACAUUUGUAAUAGCGCACUCAAAGCUUUAAUGGAGUGUACCUGUUUCCAUUUAGCUUGCUCACAUAGAUGGCUGUAGUCAUGGUGAGGAAGAGAAGAACUGAACCUUCUGGCACUUCAGGUGGAUCUGAAUCUCAGCAGCCUAGUGGCAGUGCUGGGCGAGGUGGUCCACAACGCCCAGUUGAGAGGGCUUUGCCACCGCAACAGGGAGGUGGGGGAGGACGUGGUCGGAGUCUGGCCCACCCACAGCAGUCUCAACGAGGAGGCCGUGGCAGUGGAUUUUACCAGAGUCAGAGUGGCAGACCGCAGUAUCAUGGAGCAACUCCCCAUCAACCCCAAACAAGAGCUCCACAGCAACAUUCUGGUGGACGUAGGGGAGGUAGUAGCAUGACAAGUGGGCAUGGUGGUGCCCUUGCUGCUGGUCCAUCAAGGCCAACAGUACCCGAGCUGCACCAAGCAACCCAGGCUCCAUAUCAAGCAACUCAGCCAUCCCUGUUAGAAGCCAGCACUUCAUCGCAGCCUUUGGAUGUUUCUCCUGGCCAGGUGGCUCAACAGUUUGAACAUCUUGCUGUUCAAGGUGAAGCUUCCAGUAGCCAAGCAAUUCAACCAGCAGCUUUAUCAAGCAAAUCAAUGAGGUUUCCAUUGCGUCCUGGAAAGGGUAGCUUUGGUGACAAAUGUAUUGUGAAGGCAAAUCAUUUCUUUGCUGAGCUACCUGACAAAGACCUUCAUCAGUAUGAUGUUUCUAUUACACCUGAGGUAACCUCACGUGGUGUGAAUCGUGCUGUCAUGGGGGAGCUGGUCAAGCUAUACAGGGAGUCUCAUUUAGGUGGUCGCCUUCCAGCUUAUGACGGCAGGAAGAGCCUCUAUACUGCUGGGCCUCUUCCAUUCACCUCCAAGAAUUUUGAAAUCACGCUUAGCGAGGAGGAAGAUGGUGUAGCUGGCCAAAGACGAGAGAGGCUGUUCAAGGUUGUAAUCAAAUUUGCUGCUCGUGCUGAUCUUCAUCAUUUGGGAUUAUUUUUGGCUGGGAGGCAGGCAGAUGCACCCCAAGAAGCUCUACAGGUUCUUGAUAUUGUGCUUCGUGAGUUGCCCACUGAGAGAUAUGUACCCGUUGGUCGGUCAUUUUAUUCACCCGAUCUUGGGAGACGGCAGCCACUUGGUGAGGGGUUGGAAAGCUGGCGGGGUUUCUAUCAGAGUAUUCGCCCGACACAAAUGGGAUUAUCACUAAAUAUUGAUAUGUCUUCCACUGCUUUCAUCGAGCCACUUCCUGUAAUUGACUUUGUAGCUCAGCUUCUGAAUAGAGACGUCUCUGCUAGACCACUGUCUGAUGCUGAUCGUGUGAAGAUCAAGAAGGCUCUUAGAGGUGUGAAAGUUGAAGUCACGCAUCGUGGAAAUAUGCGCAGAAAAUACCGUAUAAGUGGUUUAACAUCACAAGCUGCAAGAGAGCUGAUGUUCCCAGUUGAUGAUCGAGGUACAAUGAAAUCAGUAGUUCAAUACUUCCAAGAAACCUAUGGAUUUAAUAUUCAACAUACCACUUGGCCUUGCUUGCAAGUUGGUAAUCAGCAGAGACCAAACUAUCUGCCGAUGGAGGUUUGCAAAAUUGUUGAAGGGCAAAGGUACUCCAAGAGGCUUAAUGAGAAACAGAUAACUGCUCUUCUUAGGGUGACCUGCCAGCGGCCUGAACAAAGGGAACGGGAUAUUAUACAGACUGUUGAACAGAAUGCAUACCAUGAGGACCCUUAUGCAAAAGAAUUUGGUAUCAGAAUUGAUGAGAGACUUGCUUCAGUUGAAGCACGGAUUUUACCUGCACCAUGGCUUAAAUACCAUGACACUGGUAAGGAGAAGGAUUGCUUGCCAAGAGUUGGCCAGUGGAACAUGAUGAAUAAGAAAAUGGUCAAUGGUGGGAGAGUAAGUAAUUGGACAUGCAUCAAUUUUUCGCGGGGCGUUCAUGAUAAUGCUGCCAGAGAAUUCUGUCAUCAGUUGGCUUUGAUGUGCGAAGUAUCUGGAAUGGAAUUUGCUGUACAACCUGUGUUACCUCCGUUAAGUGCUCGACCUGAACAUGUGGAAAGAGCUCUCAAAGCACGUUAUCAGGAUGCCAUGAACAUACUUAAACCCCGGGGCAGAGAACUUGACUUGCUAAUUGUAAUACUGCCUGACAAUAAUGGUUCUUUAUAUGGUGAUCUGAAAAGAAUUUGCGAGACAGAUCUGGGGUUAGUCUCUCAGUGCUGCUUGACGAAACAUGUUUUUAAGCUGAAUAAACAGUAUCUUGCAAAUGUUGCUCUUAAAAUUAAUGUGAAGGUUGGUGGAAGGAACACAGUACUUAUGGAUGCCCUGAGUAGGAGAAUACCUCUGGUGAGUGACAGACCAACAAUUAUAUUUGGUGCUGAUGUGACACACCCACAUCCUGGGGAGGACUCUAGCCCUUCCAUUGCAGCUGUUGUUGCAUCUCAAGAUUGGCCAGAAAUAACAAAAUAUGCUGGGUUGGUUAGCGCACAAGCUCAUCGGCAGGAGCUGAUCCAGGAUCUGUUUAAAGUUUGGCAAGAUCCCCAGCGUGGAACGGUUGCUGGUGGCAUGAUUAGGGAGCUUCUCAUAUCUUUCAAAAAAGCAACAGGGCAAAAACCUCAGAGAAUUAUAUUUUACAGGGAUGGUGUCAGCGAGGGCCAAUUUUAUCAAGUAUUGUUGUAUGAACUUGAUGCUAUUCGUAAGGCAUGUGCAUCGUUGGAGGCCAACUAUCAGCCACCUGUAACUUUUGUGGUGGUUCAAAAGCGUCAUCAUACCCGGUUGUUUGCUAAUAACCAUGCUGAUCAUCGUACAGUUGAUAGGAGCGGAAAUAUAAUGCCUGGCACAGUUGUAGAUUCCAAGAUAUGCCAUCCAACCGAAUUUGAUUUUUAUUUGUGUAGUCAUGCUGGCAUUCAAGGCACCAGCCGUCCUGCUCACUACCAUGUCUUGUGGGAUGAGAACAAGUUCACUGCUGAUGCACUGCAGUCGCUCACCAACAAUCUUUGCUACACCUAUGCAAGGUGCACACGCUCGGUAUCAAUUGUGCCUCCUGCGUAUUAUGCUCACCUGGCUGCUUUUCGUGCUCGGUUUUACCUUGAGCCAGAGACCUCAGACAGUGGGUCAAUGGCCAGUGGUGCGGUUGCUGGCCGUGGCGCUCCUGGCUCGGCUCCUCGCAGUACUAGGGUUCCGGGAAGUUCUGCUGUUAGACCCCUUCCUGCCCUCAAGGAGAAUGUUAAGAGGGUCAUGUUUUAUUGCUAACCUUCUUUAUGAGUUACUUGAAGGUCCUUUCUAUUUGCUGGUUACUUAUUGUGUGCUUUGUUUGGUUUGGAUUCUAAGCUGGUUUGUGUUAGUGUUUUAUGACAAUGACAAUUAAAUCAGUGACUUGAAAACAAAUUUUCCCUUUUUGGGUGUCA